ACACUGAGAAGUGUUUUGAGUGUUGCCUUCAAGAACAUUCAAACAAAAACACACCUGAUCUUACAAUCACUAUAUAAAAUGUAUAGCUGUCCCAAUGAAAGAAAUGACUGACUAGAAAAGGGAUUUUUGAUGUUACUUAGUGUUAGCUCCAUACUUGGAUCAAUUUGCAGGCUUAUUUAAAUGUAAAUACAGUAUUUGGGAGAAAAUUAAUGUCUUGACAUGCUUGUGAAACAUGCCAAAAAUCCCAAAACAUGCCAGAAAUCCUUAAAAGGUGGUGGGUUUCAAUGUGAAGCAUAGAAAAGAAGAAUGCUGUCUUUUGUUAUCAUCCAAACCAUCAUUGCUAUGGAGUCAGGCAAAAGACAACGCUGCCUUUCAAAGCAAUAUCCUCAGACCACUGCUCUCAAAUAGAAAAACUGGUAGUAAGAGCGUGUUUUGUUUCCUUUGGAUUUUUGGUGUGUCAUUGUCUGGUUAUAGUAUUACUGAAAGGCGGCUUCAUAUGAGAUAAUGAUUUUAAAGCUCUAAGUCACACAUCCACAUUAACUGUGGUUAUUACAGCCACCCCGAAAUAUAUAAGAUUAGAUUUCUGGUUUGCUUUAUUAAACUCCCAAGACUAGUUACAGUUUGUAGAAAUAUAGCAGCGUAUGUUUUUACAUGAAAGCCCCUCCCUCCUCUGACAUGACGCUGGGUGAUGUCGCUGGCCAAAGUGCUGGAGCAAGACAGCCAUCUUGAUUGUUAUUCAAGUCAACUGAAAAACACUCUCAAGUUCUGAAAUGACAGAACUACUGGAGUGCUUCGGAAGACUAUGAAAUCCUUCUGGAAAGUCUCUUCAAGUCCAGCGGGGGCGCGGAAAGGUGGAGAUGAGCCCGGGAAACUGCCCGAACAAGAAGAAGAAGAAGAGGAGGAAGAGGAGGAGGAAGAAGAGGAAGAGGAGGGAGGCCAGGUUUUGCACGGCGCGGGCCACUGCAAGUGGUUCAACGUGAGGAUGGGCUUCGGGUUCAUCUCCAUGCUCCACCGCGAGGGAAGCCCCUUGGACUCUCCCGUGGAUGUCUUUGUACACCAAAGCAAGCUUUACAUGGAAGGAUUUAGAAGCCUAAAAGAAGGAGAACCAGUGGAAUUUACAUUUAAGAAAUCUUCCAAAGGCCUUGAAUCAAUACGGGUAACAGGUCCAGGUGGGAUUCCUUGUUUAGGAAGUGAGAGACGACCCAAAGGAAAAACAGUACAGAAAAGAAAGCCAAAGGGAGAUAGAUGUUACAACUGUGGUGGCCUCGAUCAUCAUGCUAAGGAAUGUACUCUACCUCCACAGCCAAAGAAGUGCCAUUACUGUCAGAGUAUCAUGCACAUGGUGGCGAACUGCCCGCAUAAAACUGUUCCGCAGCAGCCCACUAGUUAUCAGGGAAGAUACGAAGCAGAACCCCAGCCUUCCACAUCAACAUUCGUGAGAGAAGGUGGAGGGGCCUAUGGCUACACAUCUCCAUCUUAUUCUCAGGAGGGAAGGGCAGACAUCUUAGAACGUUCAGGCCGGUCACCGCAAGAAGCCACUUCAAGUAAGAUAUCUCUAUCACCUGAAGAACAAAGCCGAAAAGGGCCCUCUGUCCAAAAAAGGAAAAAGACUUAAAGAGCUUUCAUCACAGCCCUUUGUUUCCUUAUCCUCUUGGGAUGUCUACCUCAUUCAAGCACAAGGAGCAUAAUUCCACUCAUCUUGCAGCCAACCUCAGGUUCCUAACUACUGUUGUAGAACUGCGGUCUUUUCCAAAAUGAAACGGACCAGUCACUCCGAGCAAAUUUCAUUUUUAGUAUAAGGUAAUAUGUUUUAUUGAAGUGAUUUGGGUAUACAAACAAACAAACAAGCCACAGUUUUCCAUUGUGGUUAUGAGCCACCAUGAAAUAUUGGUCCCCUGCCUUCUCUCUUCUAGAGCACUGCUUCUUAAACUGUGGAUUCUGACGGCAAAUGGGGUCCCCUUAGCUCAAUGUUGUAACCUCCCCCCCAAAAAAUGGCAACAGUAAACAUUACCUAGUGGUUGUUUUAGACAUUCACACUGUUGUGCAGUGUUUACAGUGUUUGCAGAAGAUGCUUCAGUUAUACUUCAUAAAAAGGAAAAGCCUUGUAAAUGCUGAUUUCACACACACACACACACACACAGAAUUAUAGAAUCAUAGAGUGGGAAGAGACCUCGUGGGCCAACCAGUCCAACCCCCUGCCAAAAGGUAGGAAAACCGCAUUCAAAGCACCCCUAGCAGAUGGCCAUCCAGCCUCUGCUUAAAAGUCUCCAAAGAAGGAGCCUCCACCACACUCCGGGGCAGAGAUACAUCCAUACAUACACAUACACACCUCUAUACCCAGGGUCACAUAAAAAAUUAUUGGGCCAAAAGGUGUCCCAAGUGGAAAAGUUUAAGAAGCCCUGUUCUACAGCAACCAAAUAUAAUAAUAAUAAAUCUUAUUUAUAUGCCGCUUUUCUCCCACAGUGGGGACCCAAAGUGGCAACCAACAUUUUAAAAUACAAUACAAAUCAACCACAGUACAAUACAAAUCAAACAGAAGCAUUUGGUUCCAUUUUUCAAUUAAAUGCUUCAAAUUAUGAAUUGUGAAUGUGGCUUGAUUCAUUAAACCAUAGUGAAGACCAAUUGUAAUUAAGGUGUGCAGGGUUUAGAUUAUUAGUAAACAGUGGUUAAACCAAAAUGAAAGUGACAACCUUUGGUCUUUGCAAGCCAUGCUGCAAGAGAGGAAGGGGAAGGGAAGAAAAUUUUGAACUGGCCCUUUGUUUGAGUUUGUAUUGUCUCAAAUAUAUACAUUCAACACCCAGUUUGCUUGGAUACAUCAUCCCUUGGAAAGCAAUAGUUUGAAUUAUAUUUUGACUUAAUAUUCCUGUAUUUUUUUCAUGUAACAUGUCAUCUUUUUUCUCAUGAUAGAGAAAAAAAAGGGGGGGUAAAAUAACUGCAGAAAUGAUUGCAUGAGAAUCCAAAGAAAUUUGGUUACUUAAAACUGCCAUGGUUGUGGUACUAAAUAUAUUAAGACAUCCCUGUAGGCUUCAGGGUAGAUUUUCCCCCUCCUUUAACUUCCCAGGUCAGCAAUGUUUUUGUUGUUUUUUUUUUAAAAAAGAAAAGAAUGUUCUCAACUUGAAAGGAUAAUGCCUUGCUUUAAAGAUGCCUCAUUAUUGCCACAAUGUUUAAAAAUGGAGCUCCCCUCUUUUGCCCUUCCCACAAAGACAAUGAAUGUGUAGUUUUCUGUGCUGAUAUCUCAUAUAUUGUAUUAAAUUAAUAUGGUUUAAAUGCAGGUUACAUGACUGCGAGGGAAGAAUGUAUACGUUGAAAUGAUUGUUUAGAGUGGUAUUGAAAUACCACCUUGAAGCUGUGUAUUUUGUGUAGACCUGGAGGUGUUAUGAGGGCAGCAGUAGCAGCAGCAACCAUUCCUUCUUCAGCUUCGUCUAGAUAUUAUAUAAGUGAAUUGCUUACUAAAUGUUUUGGAAUCUGUACACUUGGGGACAUUUUCUGACAGCCCAUUUUCCCACUCAUUCCAAAUCCUAAGAAGCACUUCAGCAAAGUCAACAAUGUGCUCUACAUUUUGGAGAUCCAAUUUUGCCCAGGAUCUGGGAGAUACUGGGAUCUGCUGCAGUGCAUUCUAGAGCUUGUUCCUGUGACUUUCUUUAAUGAAUUGUAGCCUCUUUCAUCUGUACCACAGUGCACGUUGGCAAUGUGAAUUUUGUAGUUGCCACAAUUUCUAGUUGGCUUGGAGCCACAUUAAAUGGUCAGUAUAGGUGGUAAAGUGGGUUAAACUGCUGAGCUGCUGAACUUGCAGACCAGAAAGUUGCAGGUUGAGAUCCAGGAGUGGGGUGAGCUCCCGCUGUUAGCCCCAGCUUCUGCAAACCUAAGAGUUUGAAAAAAAUGCAAAUGUGAGUAGAUCAAUAGAUGCCGCUUUGGUGGGAAGGAAACACAUACUGGCCACAUGACCUUGGAGGUGUCUACGGACAACACUGGCUCUUGGGCUUAGAAAUGGAGAUGAGCACCAAGCCCCAGCGUCGGACACGACUAGACUUAAAGUCAAGGGAAAACCUUUACCUUUAAUAGGUGAGCCCUUUGUGUAGAAAGUCAUCAUUUCAAUUUCAUUUGACCAUGAUUAAAUGCUGCCAUUUCUUCCACAAACCAAAUAAUAUCUGAUGCUGAUUGAACAUUUUAUAGUACUGUAAGUUCUAGACAACCUGAGUGUUUAAAUGUUCCUCACCCAAUCAGUUACCCAUAUGUAGGCGGCUCAGAUACCCAUCUCUACUUUCAAAGAACACAUUUGAUUGGGAUCUUUUCACACACAAGCCCCCAUAAUAAUGUAAGGGAUCUAUUCCUAGUGCUACAGUCAGACUUGUUUGGCUUUGGCUGAUAUGAAAGCCACUUUUGUGUUUGUGGAUUGCUCAGUUAUAAUUAUAAGCCAAGGACUUGAAUUUGCCUGUGGAUAAAGAUGCUGUAGAAACCAUCAAAGGUGUUAUUUCCAUUAAAAUGUGUUGCAGGUGAAAAAUAUAGUAUGCAGAAAUGCUUUCCACGUAGGAAGGAAAGAAGGGAGAUUGGUUGAUUCUGAAUUCAAAAAUAUUCCGUGAAGGUUUGAACUACGAUCUUCAAACUACACUUUCUUUUGUUGUUCCAUCAGCAGCAACAAGACCUGUUUUGGUCAAACUCCAACUCACUGCCUAGGCUUUCAGCAGAGAAUAUGAGCACACUUGUUCCUAUGCUGAUUUGUUUAGAUGCUAUAUUUUUGCUGCUGCUGCUGCUACUGCUGCCAGGAAACGUAUAAGGGUCAAAGGCCUCAGUAACAGGCACAAAUCCUAUGGAACUUUGCUUGAAUUCCAUGACAGUGUUUGAGAGAAAGGAAAAUCUCAACGGUUUACACCGACAUUCUUGGUGUGCUACAAUGCAAAGGGUUUUAUUUGACGAUACUGAAUGUGAUAUAUGUAUAGAGGAGUACGUCCUUGCCUUAUGUAAGGGUUGUAAACUUAUUUAAGUUAUGUAGACAAAUCAAAGUGGCAUUGCAUAUCCUUUUAGCAGGUAUGAUAAUAACUGGGUUAUACAGCAACAAUGCAAAACCUAGGUCACUUUGAAAGUUGAACCAAAGUUCCUCAACCUAUAUAUAUAUAUAGUAUGGUGGAAAUGAUGGAUUUGAUACUUUCCCAUGUUUACAUACUUCAAGACCUGACAUUAUUGUGAAAUGAAUAAUUCCAGCAACCUCCAACUGAAUUGCUAAGAGAGGCUACCAACCCUAUCUUAUUAUUAAAAUUUAUGUUUUAUUUUUAUAUAUCAGAGGACGAUCACUAUUCCAAAAUAGCCUUCUCAGGACAAAGAACCUUACUCAGGGAAAAUGCCAUGUAAUUCAUUUUUUCUUCUUUUCUUUUGCAGAUGUUCUUGUUUUUAAUUGCUUGCUCAGAAAUAACCAAAAAUACUUUUAUACGGCUAUUUACUACUACAUACAUGUUAUAAGCUGAUGAACUACCUCUGUUUACAUAGAGAUGAGUUUGUGAGAGCUCACAUAUCCGUUUUUUUCUCAUUAUGCUUUCCCUUGCCAAAAGAAGUGCAGUAGUAUGUCUGUUCCAAAGUGAACAUAUGUGACUUGACAUUGACAAAUAUGGCUGAUUUUCAGAGUACUGGAGUGGGCAGCUUCUCCCCAUUUCUGAAAUUCUAUGCCACAUUGUUUACAUAGGGAAUAGUAAAGUUAUUCUGUUUACAGCAAACAACUACCUCAAACCUACUAUAUAAGCAACAUCUUUGUGCUGCUCAGGCCUUAACGUGGCUGUUGAUCCUAUGGUACAUACCGAUUGUUGUUUUAAUGCGGCAAUUAAUAGUCUCAGCUUCUGUGACGUGCUUUCACUGCAAAUGUUAGGACAACUGUGUGCUUUACAUUUUUUUAAAUGAUGCAUUCACUUGAAAUGAUGUGUCUUUCUUAAAGUUUAGGGGGGUUUUUUUGCCUGAAAAAAAGGAUGCCCACACGGAAACAUGCACAAAGACAACUGAUUUUCCUUAGUAUGCGGGAAUUAAUUAAUUAGCUGUGCGCUACAGUAAAACCACAGCAUUUUAUUUUGCUCUGUUACUUUGGCCAAAAGACCUUGAAACGAGUUACAGGGGAGAGUGGGGCUUGGGGGCUUAGAGCUAAUUCUCUUAGAAAUGUCAUUUCUCCUUUGGCAUCUCUCCUGCCCUCAAAAUAUAUUGGGACUGAUCUCUUGUUAGAAACAGUAGAGUCUCGCUUAUCCAACAUAAAUGGGCCAGCAGAACAUUGGAUAAGCAAAAAUGUUGGAUAAGAAGGAGGGAUUAAGGAAAAGCCUAUUAAACGUCAAAUUAAGUUAUGAUUUUACAAAUUAAGCACCAAAACAUCAUAUUUUAUAAUAAAUCAGUAGAAAAAGCAGCUCAGUACAUGGUAAUGUUAUGUAGUAAUUACUGUAUUUAUUAAUUUAGUACCAAAACAUCACAACGUAGUGAAACAGCUAUGGAUCCGAGCAGGAGGCAGACUGCGUUGCAUGAUACAGAACGUUGGAUGAGUGAAGAUUGGAUAAGCGAGACUCUACUGUAGUUGAGAAUUUUACCAGAUUCCAUACUAAGAUCUGUAGGGAUUGUGCCACUUAAUUAAUCCAAAACACUAUGCGCACACUUACAUAGCGUCUCUUAGAAAGACCAUUCUAGAAGCGGGGGGAAAACCCCAGGACAAUUACUUAGGAGCUGUUUGAGUCCUAAAAUUUGCUCUAAAUAUGUUAUUCUUUUUGCCAAAUGAAGGCAACUCAAUUCUUUGUUUUAAUUUUUAAAAACCACCUUUAAUUUGUGCUAGUGGUAUCCCAAAGUUACUUUAGUAUGUAGUUUUGUGGAUGGUGACCCAUGAAAGUGUUUAUAGUCCUUGUGACCUUCUUUGUAAGAAAAAAAUUAAAAAGAAUGUGGGAAGAUCUCAUUAAGUCUUAAAGCUAAUUUAAAUUAAUUUAUCUCUAAGAAAUGUUUAUCAUAAAAAUAUAUGUGUGUGUGUUUUCCUCCUCCUUGUGUUAUGACAGAUAUGAAAGUAAUUGGGAAAAAGGUGUGUGCAGAUGCACUGAAUUUAAUUUUACUAGAUGUCUCGAAUGAGAUUUGAUUACUUUGUCUUUUCUCACUUUUAAAGACUUGUUAAAUAUGUCUUGUUCUGUUGUAUGUCGGCAAUAUUUUGAAGAUAUGCUGGUUGUAUUGCUUCUGUCAUUUUGACUAGCUAGUGAUGAGAUAUUGGCAUAGGAACAAAAGGCUCUAUCAGGCAGGAACAUAGGAUGUGGGAAUGUUUUGACCACUGGGCCACAUUCAUCUCUCUGAUGGAUAUCUGAUCUCCACAACCCAGAAACCUCAGAUACAGAAGAAGGGUGAAGAUGAGCAGAUUUGGUGGUAACAACAGGGCAAAGUAUUUUAAGAGGUGUCCUAAAAUGAAAUUUUUUAGGCUUUUAGAACUAAGACUAUAAGCUUGAAGCUACAUUUCAAGCACACAGCUUUUCUUUUGAAAGUGCAAGUUGCCAGCCAGCACAACAGACUGAGAAUAAAACUGAAUGUUAGAAACUAUUUGGGCAUUUGCUACAAUAGUUGCUAACCUAAAAUGGCACACAAAUUCUGAGAAGACACCAUAAUGAUUUUGACUACCUCUUGCAUUGAAUUCUUUUUUAUUCACGAAUUAGUUAACGAGUAUUUCCAGAAUGGCUUGAAUCUGUAUGUUGUUCAUAAGAAACCCAAUAGCCAGAGACCAAAGUGAACAUUGAUAUCUAUGCGUCUUGAGUAUUGUCUUUUUAUCUAGCUUUUUUGAGCCUGUCCUCUCUAGUGUAUAGAUUACCUCAUGGUCCAUUUUGAUUCAUGUUUUGUUUACAAGAUAUAAUAAAGAAAAUCACUUGAAUUGUUUGGGUCUUUUGAAAGAAAAGACAGUUGAUUUUUUUUAAAAAAACUUAAUUUUGGAACAUCAUUUUUUCCCCUUCAUGUUUACUUACUGUCUCUGUCUUGUUGGAUUGAAGCACUGAUUGCCUUUCUACAUAUCCUGGAUUUUAUAUUUUCAUUUAAUGCCUAUUGCCUAAUGUUUGUAUUCCUAUCAAUCAUUGAUAUGUGACUGAGGUUUAAAAGGAUUACAUGAUGAAAAAUAAAACAUGUAACAUUGACAUUUA